AUGGUGACAUCACUAGGAACAUGGCGCACUUUAAAUCGGAGCAUUGACCUAGGCUGGGUCACAGAUGCGAAGUACACGUCUUUGGAGAUCGUCAACACUAAACAAACGUACCACGUAGGGGACAUCCUUGUACUUGAGGUUGUAGCAAGGGACGGCUACAAACGACGUAAGAUGUAUGGCGGUGACUACUUCCGAGCAGUUUUACGAGACAAGUCCCAGACUGCCAGUACAACAGGUACGGUACGGGACCACGGGAACGGUCUGUACACCAUUAGUUUCCUCCUCAGUUUCCCGGGAUGUGUAUUUCCUGCUCUUUAUAGGCCUUUCUGGAACACACCUUUACUUCCUGUCAUCAAUGGCACAAUCAUUGUUUCCGACGUUGAUGAAAACACAACUGUUACUCAAUCACUCCCGUUUUGCCGCCUUGGUGUUCCACAUCAACAACCUGAGGGAUACUGGCUUCAGGACACAUGGCAUUCACUUUCUUGUAAGGUUGGACAGUUUCGCACUCCGGACAUCACAAAAUGCCUAACUAACCGAUCAGUGCACUUCAGAGGCGACUCUACUAUCCGACAAUGGGUCGAGCGCCUAAUAAAGUGGAACAUUGUUGAAAAAGGUCCAGGAAAUGGGCUUAUUGGACCGUACGCUUGCUCCAAUCACAGCACUGGGACCAUAGUCACAUUCAACUUCCACACAGUUCCUAUCCAAACUGUGAGCUGGUUCCCAUUAAACCUUGGUGAAGCCGGCAUUUCCACGGAAGUCAGGAGUAUGGUGGGCGGUCCUAACGUGGUGAUUAUACUAAGCCUGUGUUCACACUUCACGGCCGAACCCAAACGUGUCUACACAUCCCGCAUGUACGACGUUAGGUCCGCUAUACAAGAGCUACACAAGAAGUAUCCUGAAACCAGGGUCAUUGUGAAGACGUGCAACACAAGGAAUCAUCGUCACUACAGGGAACUCGUCCAGAUGUCGGACUGGCUUUCAGUCCAAAUAAACCAGGAAAUGAGAAGCAUUAUGGAGGAUUUAAACAUCACCAUUCUGGACGUGUGGGAUAUGACAGUUAGCCAGCGGUAUCGUCAUGAUAUACAUCCCAAUCAGCGAGUGCAAGACUACCAAUUGGAUAUCCUUAUGUCUCACAUAUGUCCAGAUAUGGUGAAAAAAGGUUAA